GUGUAUUCUAAAUUGUGCUACUACAGAACAUUUUGGAGUUCGUUGAAUGUUUUUAUAAUUCCAUUGUAAUAUAUCCUCUGAUUAAUUUCGCCGAUAAUGUCGAGUUACGAGAGUCCAUCACAGUUCCACAUUGGAGAUACAGCAGUUAUUGCUAUAGUAGUCCUCUUAGUGACGAUCGUUAUAGUGAAUUUCGUGGUUCAAAAAUGCCAGAAAAGAAGUCAGACAGGCAGCUCUUUCCUUAAUCCCGACUUCCAGACAUUCACAAUGGACAAGUUUCUAAAUGAUAUGGAAAGAGAGAAGCCCAUCAGGUUCACUUCUCAACAUCUUCGGAUUGCAACUGAUAACUUCACCAACUUGCUGGGGCAAGGAGGAUUUGGUGCAGUUUAUAAAGGGAUAUUUAGUAAUGGAACCCUUGUAGCAGUGAAGGUUCUAUAUGGGAGCUCAGACAAGAGAAUCGAGGAACAAUUUAUGGCGGAAGUUAGUACAAUUGGAAGAAUUCACCAUUUCAAUCUGGUCCGUCUUUAUGGCUUCUGCUUUGAGAAACACCUCAGAGCACUUGUUUAUGAGUACAUGGGAAAUGGAUCGCUUGACAAGUUCUUAUUUCAUAGCAACAAGGACUUAGGAUUUGAAAAGCUUCAUGAAAUUGCGGUGGGGACAGCGAGAGGGAUUGCUUACUUGCAUGAAGAAUGCGAACAACGAAUAGUCCAUUACGAUAUAAAGCCUGGAAACAUUCUUUUGGAUGCAAAUUUCUUUCCAAAAGUAGCUGAUUUUGGUUUGGCCAAGCUCUGUAACAGGGAUAAUACUCAUAUAACCAUGACUGGGGGCAGAGGCACUCCUGGUUAUGCUGCACCGGAAGUUUGGAUGAGGUUUUCUGUAACACACAAAUGUGAUGUUUACAGCUUUGGGAUGCUAUUGUUUGAGAUCAUAGGCAGGAGAAGGAAUCUUGACAAUAAUAUUCAAGACAGCCAAGACUGGUUCCCAAGGUGGGUUUGGAAGAAGUUUGAGCCUGGAGAACUAGAAGAGAUAAUGGUAGUUUGCGGAAUAGAGGAGAAAGAUAAAGAGAGGGCUGAGAGAAUUGUAAAGGUUGCUAUUUGGUGUGUCCAGUAUAUUCCUGAGGCAAGGCCUGCGAUGAGUGUUGUGGUGAAAAUGUUGGAAGGAGCUAUUGAGAUUCCUAGACCUUCAACUAACCCGUUUCAUCACUUGAUGUCGGAUACUCCAUACCCACCUGUCUAUGAUACUUCAAAUGGAACAUAUAGCACUAGCGCUUAUGGUUCGGAUCCCUCACAAACUGUAACUGGUACUCCUAUCAUGAAGAAUCAUGAGAUUGAAAUAGCCUCUACAUAGGCAGGGUGAAGUACAUUCCUCACUCUCUCUGUUCUUGACGAAAACAUGUCCUUUUCCACAUCAUAGUGCUUCUUUAUAAGUUCCAUAUAGGAUUAAGUUAAAGUUAUGUCUUUCGGGAAUGAAUAAAAAGUUUGUAAAUUUUAUAAACAGUGAAUUGUGUGGUGGUAGGUAGUUAUGGAUUUGUACUAUGGCUCGAUUUACAGCAUGGGUUGAUCCAAUAUUUCUGUGUUUCCAAUAUUAUAUAUA